UGUCUCAAACCUGCAGGUCAGCCAACUGCACUCAUUAUUGUACAGUUAUUGACUUCUUUUUAAGCCACUUUCAAAAAAGCUUGGAGUCUCACAGUUCCAGUGGCUCAGUCACAGCGCACGUUGCACGGAGCCAAAGUGUCCAAGACCGAAUUUACCGAAACCGAACGUUUUCAGUCCUCCGCGAGGCAGCGAGAAGCUCAGCCCUGGAUUCAAUACUUUUAAUCAAUGGACAGAGCCCUCUCAACGGCCAACUGAGGUACCGACACGCCAUAAGCAAUCCUUAUCCUCUGGCUGGUGUUCCCCCUGUGGUGUGGAGGGGGAUGGAGAGAGGUGGAGGUGAUAGCCCUCGCUUGCGGGAGAGCCCAGAGCGGCGCGGAAGCAGCAGUCCUGAUAUUGGUGGGCCACCGCAGAAAAUGGGACGCCUAGAACUCAACGGCAGUCCAACCGGACACCGCAGUCGCUACAACGGGGUCCCUCAGAGACCUCUCGGAGGGCUGAUGAUUCCAGUCUUCUGCGUAGUGGAGCAGGUGGAUGGAGGGAUGAUCUCAGAAGGAGAGAGUCGAGAGGAACAUGCAGAGUUUGUGCUGGUCAGGAAGGACAUCCUCUUCACUCAGCUAGUAGAGACGGCGCUUCUUGCCUUGGGCUACUCCCACAGUUCUGCUGCCCAGGCACAUGGCAUCAUUAAGGUGGGCCGUUGGAACCCCCUGCCCAUCCAUUACCUGACAGAUGCUCCAGAGGCAACGGUCGCUGAUAUGUUGCUGGACGUUUACCACAUGGUCACGCUCCGCAUUCGGCUACAGAGCUUUGCCAAGUUGGAGGACCUUCCAUCAGAACAGUGGAACCACGCCACGGUGCGAAACGCUCUCAAAGAACUGCUGAAAGAGAUGAACCAGAGUACCUUGGCGAAAGAAUGUCCACUCUCCCAGAGUAUGAUUUCCUCCAUAGUAAAUAGUUCCUACUAUGCCAAUGUCUCAACUACCAAGUGCCAAGAGUUCGGUCGCUGGUACAAGAAGUUCAAAAAGAUUAAAGGGGAUUUUUUGUGGCAAGGCCGGGAAAGUUCUGAAAUUAAGGUUGAAAGGGACAAUCUUGCAGAUUUCUGUGUACUGGCGCAGCGUCCACCCCCUCACCUGGCAGGGAUGACACAGCUUGGUCCAUUGAACAGUACUGGAUCUCUUGUCAAAGGUGGCUCCGGAGAACCUCAAAAUUCAGCUCAGCCUCAAACACAAGGGCAGCAACAAGCUCCAUCAUCUCAUGGGCAGCUCCAUCAUAGUCCACCUCUACGAGCGCAGGUGCCUCCUCCGCCGCCACCUACAGCCCUGCAACCUCUAUUGGCACCAGGGGGACUUCUUUCACCCCAACUCAGUCCACAGCUGGUGAGACAACAGUUAGCCAUGGCUCAUCUUAUCAACCAGCAGCUGGCCGUCAGCCGCCUCCUCCAUCAGCACCCGCAGGCUCUUAAUCAGCAGUUUCUCAAUCACCCACCUAUUCCGAGACCUAGCAAAGCCGGUGGGCCUGGAGACCCUGGUUCUAACCCCUCAGCCGCAGAAGUCUCCUCUGAUAUCUACCAGCUGGUGCGAGAUGAGCUGAAAAGAGCCAGCGUCUCUCAGGCAGUGUUCGCCCGAGUUGCCUUCAACCGCACACAGGGCCUGUUGUCAGAGAUCUUACGAAAAGAGGAGGACCCCCGUUCAGCCUCUCAGUCCUUGCUGGUGAACCUCAAAGCAAUGCAGAACUUUCUCAACCUACAUGAGAGCGAAAGGGACCGCAUUUACCAGGAAGAGCGAGAGCGUAGCAUGAACCCUCCUGUGAGUCUGCCCCCAAGCACAAACCCCAGCCCUGGGGGCGUUCGCCUCUCUCAGAAAGUGUGGGAGCGUAGCAUUGAUGAACAGUUAACCCCUGACGCAUGGGCAUCUAUUUGGAAGAAUAAGACCAAAAUCACAAACUCGUCCAAGGCUUCUGGUCCUAACCCUGACCUCCCCCUGAAAAUGGAGCAGAUGGUUAACAUCACGUCAGCAAUCUAUGAUGAAAUCCAGCAAGAGAUGAAAAGGGCAAAAGUGUCUCAGGCACUGUUUGCCAAGGUGGCGGCCAACAAGAGCCAAGGAUGGCUGUGUGAGUUGCUUCGCUGGAAAGAGAGUCCCAGCCCAGAGAACAGGACUCUCUGGGAGAACCUGUGUACUAUCCGGAGGUUUCUGAGCCUACUGCAGGGUGACAGGGACCUUGUGUAUGAGGAAGAGUCCCGCCAUCACCACAGCGAGCGACUACACACUGUACUGCACAUGCCUUCUGACCCUCAGGCCCAUCACAGACAGCCUGUGCAGCAAAUGAAGGACCACUCUCCCAUCCGAGAAGACCCAGUGCCCAGUUUAGGAGCUGAAGAGAACCAUCCGGCUGUAGCAGCAUCAGGCAACAGCGGAGGGGUUAGCUCUGUCACCAAAAAGCCUCGCUCCCGUACCAAGAUCUCGCUGGAGGCCCUAGGCAUCCUUCAGAGCUUUAUUCAAGAUGUGGGCCUUUAUCCUGACCAGGAAGCAAUUCACACCCUUUCAGCCCAGCUGGAUCUGCCCAAACACACCAUAGUUAAGUUUUUCCAGAACCAACGAUAUCACAUGAAACAUCACGGCCGGCUGAAGGAGCUAGGAGCUGAGGGCGGCGAUGUGGAUGUGGCCGAGUAUCGUGACGAAGAGCUGCUCUCCAGUUCAGAGGAGGCAGAGUCUAGUGAAGAUGGUCACGAGGAGAUCUACAGUGGGCAUGAGAGUGCAUCAACCGGAGCAGCUAACUCUGCUUCCACUCCAGCUUCGUCUUCAGGUCAAGAUGACAGUAAAGACAAAGGCAUGCCUCUGGGAUCAGCCAGGCCCAGUUCCUUGCCCCCGUGUGGUACGUCCCCCAGUCCCAGAGAUCAGGCAGAAUAUCAGAGAUAAAACAGCUUCAUUAGAGACUAUUGGUGGGGAAAGCUUGGGGUGAGCACUUACAACUAUUUCAUAGAAGAUUGUGAAGAAAACAGCUUAGGGGUUUACAGACAAUUUUACUGUCUGGUGAGGACCUGUAGGAGGCAAACCAGAGGAGAUCCGCACAUUGACUAAGGCUGUAGACAAACUUCAAGUGAGGUGUGUAGAUCACACGUUAGAAAUAAGGAUAAGACGGUACAUAAACACUCCCUAUAGAAUACGACAGGUAUCUGGUUGACUGGAAAGCUUUCAUUUUAUAGUAGUAAAUACUUUUACAAGUUGUUCAUAUCACAUUUUAAGAUGGCUGCUUAAACCCCAGGGAUGCAAAGAAUGUCAUAAAAUUAACAGUUUCACAUCAUUUGCAGUAUAAAAGAAUAGAAUCAGAUGUGCUAAGGGUGUUUUACAUGAUACCACUAUACAUGCACCCUCUUCACAGGGUUAAUGGCAGGGACAUAGCUUUAGAUGAGCCAUUGAUCUUCAUUAGGACACCAAUAUCAUCAAUCCUGCCUUAUCAGGGAUAUUUGUGGUAGGCUGUGGCUAUCCUCAUUUUCCCCUCCAUGACGGGGCAUUCCGACUGUCACCAACCGGGGCUAAAGCGUGGGGCUGGGUUAAAGGUACAGAUGGGAUGUUGGGUUUACACAUCGGCCCAGCCCAUGAACCCUACUAUAAACACAUGUGGUGUGCUAAAAGGUCCACAGUUAGCCCAAUGGCGCUUUUGAAGAUUGCGCCAUCCCUCCCACAACCAACCACAUCAUUCCAAGCAGUCCCACAUGGUUAACAAAGUCAACCCUUUAUCCCACCACCCAUGUACCCAACCCAGACUGCUCACAACCGAUCUGUCUUAUUGGAGUGCCUGCAUUGCACAAAGACAUUUAGAUGAUAGGUUUCAUCCCAGUUGUUCUUUUUCAGCACUUAAAAAAUACAGCGAGGGAAAACGUAGGAUCUAGUGGCAGGAGGACUGACUGCUACUGACAGAAUCAAAGACAAUGCAGACUAACUGCAUCAGCCUGCCACUGACCUAGAGGGGAAAGCGAAUGGUUUCCAGCAACUGUCAACAAUCAAGCGCUUGCGUGGAAGUGUGGUAGUUCUUUACUCUUCUGUCGCCUCCCUCAUCUCUCUCUAUUUUACUGACUGGUGCCCACAAUGUCCUGAUUUGACCACACCUACCCACACCCAACUCCACAGCACUAUUUAUUGCUAUCUUCACCCGCAAUUAUUAUUGUUGUUAUUGUUUUUAUGGUUGUUCUUGGUGUUAUUUUUAGUUGUAUUUUCAUGGUCUAAUAUCAGCUUUCGGCUUGGAGUGGUUGUGUUGGUAAUAAGAGACGUUGUGAAAGAAUGGAACACUGCCAAAACAGAGAGGCAAGAAUUAGAAGCAGUUACUGAAGUUACUGAGUAAAUCAUUUGAAAUAUAUAUAUAUUUACUGCCAAUUCUAUCAACAUUAAAACUUCCAAAGAGAACAGCACUUGGCAGAUGAGAAGUUAAAACAGGAGCAAAAGUAAUAUCAUUGGAAAAUAUAUGAUCUUUUUGUGCAUUAAAUGACAAUCCUUCUAUUGAGCCAAUCAGAGAAGCAUGAACUUUGCAUUCUGAAUGAACGUUCAACAACAAAGACUAAUAUGAGGCAACAUGGCCGUCUGUUGCGAAACACUCAUGACAUCAUGACAACUCUUGGAUCCAGGGUUCUGAUUUGCUUGUGAGAAUCAGCUGCUACCUACUCUUUCAUGGAAAAUAAAAAAAAAUGUUGUUAAAACCUUA